AGUGGCCUCGGGUUCUCAAUAUGUUGCCGCCUCGUCGACGACUUCCUCAAGUCCCCCGCCAACAACCACCGCAGCCUGGCGGUGGUCUUCACCACGCGCAGCACGAAGAAGGGCACUGAGACCCAGCAGCGUCUCGAGCAGCACCUGCAGAGCACGACAACACAAACCCCCGAGCAUCGGGCCCGCAUCACCUUCAUCCCGGAAACCGUCGACCUCUCCAGCCUACCGUCGACGCGCGCCUGCGCCCGGCGCCUCACGCGCACCCUCCCCAAGCUGGACGCCGUGAUCCUCAACGCCGGCAUCGGCGGCUGGACGGGCCUCAACUGGCCGCAGGCCGUCUGGGGGGUCCUGACGGAUCUCGUGCACACCGUCUCCUGGCCGGGGUACAAGAUCGCCCCCGUCGGCCUGCUCACGGCGCCGCAGACCACCACCCAGCGGGACCAGGAACCCCGCCUGGGCAACGUCUUCUGCGCCAACGUCUUCGGCCACUACAUGCUCGCGCACAACCUGAUGCCUCUACUCCGUCGAGCCUCUAGCAGCAGCAGCAGCAGCAGCAGCAGCAGUCGCAUCAUCUGGGUCUCCAGCAUCGAAGCCACCCUCCGACACUUCUCCAUCGACGACCUGCAGGGCCUCCGCACCGCGGCCCCCUACGAAUCCUCCAAAGCCCUGACCGACAUCCUAGCCCUGACCGCCGAUCUCCCGUCCACAAGCCCGUGGACCGAGUCUUUCUGCUCCACCACGCCCUCAAACACAUCCUCCACAGACGCAAACAACCCCCCUCCUACCCUGGAAACCGAGGCCGCGACCACCAAACCAAACACCUACCUCGCCCACCCCGGCAUCUGCGGCACGGCGAUCCUCCCGCUGCCGCUGCCGCUUAUCUACGCGAUGCUGAUCUCCUUCUGGCUGGCGCGCCUGCUGGGCUCCCCGUGGCACACGAUGUGGACGUACCUGGGGGCGUGCGCGCCCGUGUGGCUGGCGCUGGGCGGCCAGGCGGAGCUGGACGCCGCCGAGGCGCCCUACCGCGCGCACCCCGGCGGCGGCCGCGUCAAGUGGGGGUCCUCGUGCGACCGCCGCGGCCGCGACGCGGCCAUCUCGACCGAGGUGGACGGCUGGGGCCACGGGGGCGUCGUCGGGCCCGCCGUCGUCGCCGCGGACCGGCUGCGGCGCCGCAAGCGCGGGGCGCGCGACCUCACGGCCGAGGAGCGGGUCGCCUUCGAGGAGCUGGGCCGCCAGUGCUGGCGGCGCAUGGAGGAGCUGCGCGUGCAGUGGGAGGGGAUCCUUGACCGCGAGGAGGAGCAGCUCGCACUCCAAAGCAAGGGCAAGGAGGCUGCCGCCGCUGAGCGAUGAUGAACACAUUCCACUCCACUGGGAAAGGGGGAGAGUUUCAUCCUGUAACAAAUCAUGCUUUCGAUAUUGGUGUAUUCCUACUAAUGUAUAGGUUAUUAUCAAAUAACAUAAUCUACGAUAAUGGAAAUCAAGUCUUAACGACUACAGUAGCAUUGAGCAAACGCAUUUCGCAGUGAUACUCUUCUUAUCUUGCUUUCUUUUUUCUUUUCGUUUCUUUUCUGUUUUCUGGAUUCUUGCCUCCCCGUAUUUACAUUCCUUGAAACAACCCAUGUCCACAUACGUCAUUAAAAUCAGAUAAGAGUAUUAGUCCAUGUGCUCACCCCCUCUCCCCUUCGAGA